AUGCCCGGAAUUGCACGAGCCGGCGCUUUGCUGGCCAGGCUCUCGAGCAGCGCCAUCAGGGCCGGCUCUGCACGAUUCUCCGCUUCUGCCUCGGCGCCAAGACAGCGCUCCACACCCGCCGCCUACUACAGAGGUGGCACGUCGCGCGGCGUCAUGUUCCAGGAGAAGCAUCUGCCUAGGGAUGAGGAACUGCGCCGCAGCAUCUUUCUUCAGGUCAUGGGCACCCCAGACCCCAAUGGUCGGCAGCUCGACGGCAUGGGCGCCGGCAUCUCCAGCUUGUCUAAGAUAUGCCUCGUAGCCCCGACGGAUGACCCGAAGGCCGAUGUUACCUACACCUUCGUGGGCCUGGGCAUUGAAACUCCCAUCGUCGACCUGGCUGGCAACUGUGGCAACAUGAGUUCCGCCGUCGGCCCGUACGCCUUCAACGAGCGCCUGUUGGGCGACAUUGACUACGGCAAGGAUGGAACCGCGACUGUCCGCAUCUUUAAUACAAACACUAAGAAAUAUAUCAACAAUAGCUUCCCGGUUGCCCAUGGCCAGGCGCAGGUCCAGGGCAAUUUUUCCAUCGAUGGAGUGGGCGGCACGGGUGCUAGAGUGACUUUGGAUUUCCUCGACCCAUCCGGAUCAAAAACAGGCAAACUCCUUCCCACUGGCAAUGUCGUCGACAAUUUCAAUGGCAUCAGUGUCAGUUGCGUCGAUGCAGCAGGCCCGGGGAUUUUUGUUCGUGCCGAGGACAUCGGUGUAGAUGGAACUAUCUUGCCCAAUGACUUCAAUAAGCUCCCGGAUAGGCUGCAAUUACUAGAGGACAUUCGUCGACAAGCAGGUGUUGCCAUGGCCAUGUCCAAAGCUACAUCGGAAGUGUCCAGGGUCACCCCUAAAAUUGCCAUUGUCUCUGCGCCCGCAAGCCACAAGAUCCUUUCGGGCCAGACGCAGGAUGCCUCUGCGGUAGACGUCGUCAUUCGCUUCAUCUCGGAUGAGCAGCCCCAUAGAGCAAUUCCACUGACAGGUGCUCUGUGCGUUGCUGCAGCUGCCAAGAUAAGUGGCUCCAUCGUACAGCAGCACGUUGCCCAGCAGCUGGUGGACCAGGACAUGAUUACAAUUGGCCACCCCAGCGGACGUAUUCAAGUUGCUGCAGCGAUGAACAAUCGCAAUGAGGUUGAGACUGCGACCGUCUUCCGCACUGCCAGGCGCAUAAUGGAUGGCCUGGUUUAUUGGAAUGAGUGA